AUGAAGAUCGAGGAGGUAAAAAGCACCACAAAGACGCAGCGGAUCGCCCCUCACAGUCAUGUUAAAGGACUUGGGCUAGACGAGGCCGGUAAUGCUAAACAGACUGCAUGUGGCCUGGUCGGGCAGGAGGCGGCCAGAGAGGCCUGUGGCAUCAUUGUCGAGCUGAUCCGUUCAAAGAAAAUGGCAGGAAGGGCGAUUUUAUUGGCGGGGCCACCUGGUACAGGAAAGACUGCUCUUGCCUUAGCCAUAGCUCAAGAGUUGGGUAACAAGGUGCCUUUCUGUCCAAUGGUCGGCAGUGAAGUUUACUCAUCAGAGAUAAAAAAAACAGAAGUACUGAUGGAAAAUUUCCGAAGGGCCAUAGGACUACGUAUCAAAGAGACAAAGGAGGUGUAUGAAGGGGAGGUGACAGAGCUGACCCCCUGUGAGACUGAGAAUCCCAUGGGUGGCUACGGGAAAACCAUCAGCCACGUCAUCAUCGGUUUGAAAACAGGCAAAGGUACAAAGCAGCUCAAGCUGGAUCCCAGUAUUUACGAGAGCCUUCAGAAGGAGCGUGUUGAAGUUGGAGACGUCAUCUACAUAGAAGCCAACAGUGGAGCUGUCAAGAGACAAGGUCGAUGUGACACUUUUGCAACAGAAUUUGAUCUGGAGGCCGAGGAGUAUGUGCCACUACCCAAAGGAGAUGUUCACAAAAAGAAGGAGAUCGUCCAGGAUGUCACUCUGCAUGACCUGGAUGUAGCAAAUGCAAGACCACAGGGAGGACAGGACAUUCUUUCUAUGAUGGGACAGCUGAUGAAGCCCAAAAAGACUGAGAUCACAGAUAAGCUGCGCAGUGAGAUCAACAAGGUGGUGAACCGCUACAUCGACCAGGGUGUUGCUGAGCUGGUUCCUGGCGUUCUGUUUGUGGAUGAGGUGCAUAUGCUGGACAUAGAAUGCUUUACCUACCUCCACCGGGCUCUUGAGAGCACCAUCGCUCCCAUCGUUGUGUUCGCCUCUAACAGAGGAAAGUGUUUAGUCAGGGGAACAGAGGACAUCAGCUCUCCACACGGCAUCCCACUGGACCUGCUGGACAGAGUGAUGAUAAUCCGAACCAUGUUGUACACACCGCAGGAGAUGAAGCAGAUUAUCAAGAUCCGUGCUCAGACUGAGGGGAUUAAUAUCAGUGAGGAGGCACUGACACAUCUGGCAGAGAUUGGCACCAAGACCACCCUCAGGUACGCUGUCCAGCUGCUGACCCCAGCCAGUCUGCUGGGACGGGUUCAAGGAAAAGAGAAUGUAGAGAGGGAGCAGAUAGAAGAAAUUAAUGAGCUCUUCUAUGAUGCCAAAUCCUCUGCCAAAAUCCUCCAAGAUCAGCACCACAAAUUCAUGAAAUGAAACUGGAUUCCCAUCUUUACUUUUACAACCAUCAGGUGUUACACGAUUCAGUUUUCUUCAGUCUGUUUCAUCUUUACUGUCAUCGCUGACUAGUGUUCUGUCCGUAUAUCAUUUAUUGAAGUAGUUUUGUUCUAAUUAAUUUGGAGUUUUAUGCAUUCCACUGUCUGAAAAUAAUUUUUUGAAUAAAAACUAAAAAUUAAAAUUGACUC